AUGAAAGCUGGAUUUUUGUGUUGUACUUCCCUGCGCUACGCCUAUUCACAGACUAAACUGCUGCUUCGACCCCUUUCUCGUCUCGUCUCCACCCAGGCAGAAACGACUCCUACUGCAACUUUUGCCGUUCCCGAGGGACCUUUUAUGCUACAGAAUAACUUUAGGCAGGUCACAGGUAUAGUCAAGUAUUUAUUUUUUCCAAUUACUCUAAUCGAAUGUGCCUAG